AUGAAGCUCCUGAAGCCGACCUGGGUCAACCACAAUGGCAAGCCAAUAUUUUCAGUUGAUAUUCACCCUGACGGGACCAAGUUCGCAACUGGAGGACAAGGACAGGAUUCUGGGAAGGUUGUGAUCUGGAAUAUGUCUCCAGUCCUCCAGGAGGAUGACGAGAAGGAUGAAAAUAUUCCCAAGAUGCUUUGCCAGAUGGACAAUCAUUUAGCAUGUGUGAACUGUGUGCGGUGGUCAAACAGUGGGAUGUAUUUAGCUUCUGGGGGAGAUGACAAACUGAUUAUGGUGUGGAAGCGGGCUACGUACAUCGGCCCCAGCACUGUCUUCGGCUCCAGUGGUAAGCUUGCCAACGUGGAGCAGUGGCGAUGUGUCUCCAUCCUCCGGAGUCACUCAGGCGAUGUGAUGGACGUAGCAUGGUCUCCUCAUGACGCCUGGCUGGCUUCGUGCAGCGUGGAUAACACUGUCGUCAUCUGGAAUGCAGUGAAGUUCCCAGAAAUUCUAGCUACUCUGAGAGGUCAUUCUGGCUUGGUAAAGGGGUUGACUUGGGACCCUGUUGGUAAAUAUAUUGCCUCUCAAGCUGAUGACCGCAGCCUGAAGGUGUGGAGGACGCUGGACUGGCAGUUGGAGACCAGCAUCACCAAGCCUUUUGAUGAGUGUGGAGGGACAACCCAUGUGUUGCGGCUCAGCUGGUCACCUGAUGGACAUUACCUGGUGUCUGCCCACGCCAUGAACAACUCCGGCCCCACUGCCCAGAUCAUCGAGCGGGAGGGCUGGAAGACCAACAUGGACUUCGUCGGACACCGAAAAGCUGUGACUGUCGUGAAAUUCAACCCAAAAAUCUUCAAAAAGAAGCAGAAGAAUGGGAGUUCUGCGAAGCCCAGCUGCCCGUACUGCUGCUGUGCUGUUGGCAGCAAGGACCGUUCUCUCUCUGUCUGGCUCACGUGUCUAAAACGACCUUUGGUUGUCAUCCAUGAGCUGUUUGACAAAUCCAUCAUGGAUAUUUCCUGGACUCUGAACGGGCUGGGUAUCCUGGUGUGUUCCAUGGAUGGCUCUGUGGCAUUCCUAGAUUUCUCCCAGGAUGAGCUCGGAGACCCCCUGAGCGAGGAGGAGAAGAGCCACAUUCACCAAUCCACCUAUGGGAAAAGCUUGGCUAUCAUGACCGAGGCCCAGCUGUCUACAGCUGUCAUUGAGAACCCUGAGAUGCUCAAGUACCAGCGGAGGCAGCAACAGCAGCAGCUGGACCAGAAGAGUGCCGUGGCCAGAGAGACAGGCUCAGCUGCCUCAGUCGCUGGAGUCGUCAAUGGGGAGAGUCUGGAAGACAUCAGGAAGAAUCUUUUGAAGAAACAAGUUGAGACUCGGACAGCAGAUGGUCGGAGAAGAAUCACACCUCUCUGCAUAGCACAGCUGGACACCGGGGACUUCUCCACGGCGUUCUUUAACAGCAUCCCACUCUCAGGCUCCCUGGCAGGCAGCAUGCUCUCCUCUCACAGCAGUCCACAGCUACUGCCGCUGGACGCCAGCACCCCCAACUCCUUCGGCACCUCAAAGCCUUCCACGGAACCUGCGGCAGCAGCCGGCACCAGGCCUGCGGGCAAUUCUGUCAAUAAGGACAGCGUGAACGCUACCUCGGCUCCUGCUGCCUCGUCCCCCUCUGUGUUAACAACCCCAUCCAAGAUUGAACCCAUGAAAGCGUUUGACUCCCGGUUCACGGAGCGGUCCAAAGCCACGCCUGGUGCUCCUGUCUUGACAAGUGUGACCCCGACGGCCGUGGAAAGGUUGAAAGAGCAGAAUCUUGUGAAAGAGUUGAGGCCCCGGGACCUCCUGGAGAGCAGCAGUGACAGCGAUGAGAAGGUUCCUGUGGCCAAGUCCUCCUCCCUCUCCAAGCGGAAACUGGAGCUUGAGGUGGAAACAGUGGAGAAAAAGAAGAAAGGGCGACCUCGGAAGGACUCACGGCUCAUGCCCAUGUCUCUGUCUGUCCAGUCCCCAGCUGCUCUGACCGCAGAAAAGGACACUGUGUGUUUGUCUGUACCAGCGCCUACACUGAAGCUGCCCAUGCCGAGCCCCCAGAGAGCGUUCACCCUCCAGGUGAGCUCUGACCCCUCCAUGUAUAUUGAGGUGGAGAAUGAAGUGACAGCCGUUGGAGGAGUGAAGCUGAGUCGCUUGAAGUGUAACCGGGAAGGGAAGGAGUGGGAGACGGUACUCACUAGCCGGAUCCUCACUGCUGCCGGUAGCUGUGAUGUGGUAUGUGUGGCCUGUGAAAAGAGGAUGCUGUCAGUGUUCUCCACCUGUGGUCGCCGCCUCCUCCCUCCUAUCCUCCUGUCAUCCCCAAUCUCCACGUUGCAUUGCACGGGCUCUUACGUCAUGGCGCUCACUGCGGCAGCCACGUUAUCUGUCUGGGAUGUUCACAGGCAGGUGGUCGUGGUAAAAGAAGAAUCUCUGCACUCCAUCCUGGCAGGAAGUGAUAUGACGGUGUCGCAGAUCUUGCUUACACAGCAUGGAAUCCCCGUGAUGAACCUGUCGGAUGGAAAGGCCUACUGCUUUAAUCCGUCCCUUUCUACAUGGAACCUGGUUUCUGACAAGCAAGACUCCCUGGCCCAGUGUGCGGACUUCAGGAGCAGCCUGCCUCCCCAGGACGCCAUGCUGUGCUCGGGACCCUUAGCCAUAGUCCAAGGCCGUGCCUCCACUUCAGGGAGGCAGGCGGCCCGCCUUUUCUCCGUGCCUCACGUGGUGCAGCAGGAGACUACCUUGGCCUACCUAGAAAACCAGGUGGCAGCAGCACUCAUCCUGCAGUCCAGCCACGAGUAUCGCCACUGGCUCCUCCUCUACGCGCGGUACCUUGUGAACGAAGGGUUUGAAUACCGACUCCGAGAAAUAUGCAAGGACUUACUGGGUCCGGUUCACUACUCCACUGGAAGCCAGUGGGAGUCAACGGUAGUGGGUCUACGGAAGAGGGAGCUACUGAAGGAACUGCUGCCAGUCAUCGGGCAGAACCUCCGCUUCCAGCGUCUCUUCACCGAAUGCCAGGAACAGCUCGACAUCCUAAGGGACAAGUAG